UUUUCCAUUAGUUGGUGUCUACUGUUGUCCAGAAUGGCUGUAGCACGAAUAAUUGUGGCAGUGCUUUGUUUUCUCUCUGUCUCAAGAGGCCAUGUAGAACAAGGCUCGAAUGACGCGGCUUCCCAUUCUGACAUUAUUCUCGCCCGGCAAAAACGCUUCAUCGAUGUACAAACAAUUGGACAGCAUCUGGGGAAGCUCUUGAACACAAAGACCGUGCCCGACUCCGUAUCGGGUGCACUCGGAGCCUUGGAUAAAGUCACCCAGCUGUUGACCUGUCUCCCUACACGGUGCACUGGCAACUGCUGUAGCAGUCCUUCUUUCUGUAGCAUCCCCCAACUCCAGUCUAAAGUAAUCCACAACCUUAGGGCCAAGUUUACCCUGUGUAAGAACCCGUGGAAAGUUCGAAUCGAUCUGGACGCCAAGUUCAAUUUACCCUGGUGGGCUAAAUUGCUAAAGAUCAAAGUAAACCCAAUCAUAAUUCCCAUAGAUAGCAGGGAAAAGGAAGGGGUGAUACAGAUAAAGUCCACCACAACGCUCGCCAAAGCAUCUCUGAUAGGGAUUGGUCUGGGAAAAGCCAAGUUGGAGUUUGAUCUUUUCCUUAGAUACGACUGCACUAAGCCGAGAGAUAACCCAUCCCUUCGCAGAAAAUAUAAUACCAUGUAUACAGAUGGUAAACCUGGGCCUGAUGGCAACAAGUUGUUCUACAAGGUGGACAUCAAGUUUAAAGAAUACAGGAAGAAUUUCUGGUGCUUCUGCUACAAACUUAAGAAAACAAGAGCCUUGGUUGCAAAGAAAGGCCAUUUUGCAGAGGGGCCGAAGUCCUGUAUCAGAGACUCCCAAAGUGGCUAGGUUCAUGUAGGUAAGGACCAGGUAUGGCAUUAUGCACCAAGACUUGUGAUCGGGAAGAUUAUCAUCUCCUGCAACGUAAAUAUUCAGAUAUAAAUUAGCAAUCUGCUCAAUAUGCGAUUCCCAUUAACUGAAGUAAACAUAAUUCGGGGACCGGCAACCGCACAUUUGGGGUUUCGACCGAGAUGGCUCCCCAGCCGAUACAACAUUUGAUCUGACUAGGUGCUUAAAGAAUACCACAUUUGAUACACGUAUCGAGUCUACUUAUUUUUCAGCUUCUUGAAAAUCAAUUUCGAAACAAGCCUUUGUUUAUAAUGGUAAAUUUCCACUACUAGUCUCCGUUUAUUUAAGAA